GCCCUUUCAUCCUUGUCCGAAAUGGCACCUGGAACGUAUUUUAAAAAUGUCAUCGACGAUAACACCUGUAAACCUGAAAAGGUCACCAAGGUUAUCCUGACCAGUGGCAAGCAUUGGAUUGCACUUGAAAAAGAACGGGAUGAACGUGGUCUCAAGGAUACGGUAGCAAUAGUUCGCCUCGAGAGCCUCUGUCCGUUCCCUGUGCAGGACCUGCGCGCAGUACUUGAACGCUAUCCCAAAGCAAAGAGUGCUCAGAUGGUAUCAGCAGUAAACACCAUUGCCGUGGCUCCGACGGGCCAGCUGUAUUUUGCCGCUUAA